UAAACCCUAAUUAGGGUUUGUGGUGGGAGUGACAAUGCCGAUCCAACAGGGUACGCCCAGGAUGCGAUCUGCCUCGUUUCGAGAUCGCGAGCACGAGGAGGAGGAUGCUGGCGGCGCCGAGGUGGAUGCAUUGGCCGAGAUGGCCCGGGAUCCGGUGCUGUGCAGGUUUGUGUCGGAGGAUUUCAACGCGACGCAGUUCGCGAGCGAUGCGCUGCGCAGUGGCUCGGCCGCGGCGUCGGCCGAGAAGGUGGAGCAGGGCAUGGCGCUGCUGGAGAAGCAGCUGAGGCGGGAGGUCGUGCUGCGCCACAGUGAGCUCGUCCAGCAGCUGAGCAGCGUCAAGGACAUGGAGGGCGCGCUGGGCGUGGUGAAGAUCGGGGUUGGGAGCCUAGAGAAUUCCGUGCGCCGGGUGAGAUCCGAGGUAGCGGAGCCAUACAAGAGCAUUCGAUCCAAGUCCACGCAGCUCUCUUGCCUCCACACCACCGUGGAGCUCUUGCGCGCCGUGGUGCGCGUGCUCAAGCAGCUCAAGCGCCUCCGCGAGCUCGUCGUCGAUUCCUCCAAGCCAACCGAUCUCUCCAAGGCCGCGCAGCUGUGGAGCGAGAUCGAGGGGCUCCGCAGUGACGCUGAUCUCUCCGGGAUCGAGGUGGUGGACUCGGAGCUGGCCUGGCUCAAGGAGGCUGGCACCAAGAUCCGGAGCGAGGCCAUGCGGAGCCUGGAAGCUGGCAUGAAAGCUUUCAACCAAGCUCAAGUUGGUGCCGCGCUCCAAGUCUACUUCAACCUCGGGGAGCUCCGGCCGACAGUGGAGAGCGUGAUCCAGAAGUAUAAGAGCCAGGCGGUCAAGAGCAUUGCGAGUGCUCUCGACAUGAAGGCCAUCUCCGCGAGCGUGGCGGCGGCGGCCACAGGCCCAGCGGGGCCAGGGGGAGCUCACAGGAGUGGGACGCCGCAGCUGGGAGCUGGAUCCAGGGCCAGGGAUGGGUUGUGGCAGAGACUUGGGCAAUGCAUGGAGCAGCUUCACUCCAUCUUGGUGGCGGUGUGGCACUUGGAGCGAGUCAUGAUCAAGAAGAGGGAUCCGGUUUCUCACGCCAGCUUCAUCGAUGAAGUUGUCCAGGCUGGAGAUGCCUCGCUGACCGAGAGGGUGUGGGAGGCUAUUGUCAAGGCAUUUGCCAGCCAGAUGAAGUCGGCGUUCACUUCAUCGAGCUUUGUCAAGGAGAUCUUCGUGCUGGGAUAUCCCAAGCUGCUCGGGGUGGCGGACAACUUUCUCCAGAGGCUUGUCCGCGACACGGAAGUUAAAGGUGCGUCCCCGGCGAUCAAGGACGCGGACAGACAGCAGCUUGUGACGACGCUGGAACCGUUCCAGAAUGCGUACCUUGGCCAGACACUUGCACGACUCACGGACCUUGUCAACAACAUGUUUGCUUCGUCCACUCUCCUUCGCCUUCCGACUUCAGAGGAGCCGAUUGCGAAGCUGGUGGCACGGAUCCAGGAGGAGGUUGAGGCUGCAAAGCUGGAUGCCAGGUUGACGCUCAUGGUGCUUAAAGAAGUUGGGAAGUCUGUGCAACUCUUCGCUGAAAAAGCCGAGUACCAGCUUGCAACAGGUCCUGAUGCUCGUCAGGUGACCGGUCCAGCCACGCCAUCGCAGCUCAAGAACUUUGCGCUGUGCCAUCACUUGCAAGACAUCCAUCACAGAUUGAGCUCAAUGAUGACAGGCCUAUCGCCAUCCGCCGCUGACAUCCUCUCUCCGUCGCUCGGGGCUGUCUACGGCGUGGCAGUGGACACGGUGAAUCCGCUGUUCAAGGCGAUGGCGGAGAGACUGGAGAAGAGUAUCCUAGAGAUGCAAGGCCUGGACUUCAACUCGGAUAUGACAGUGGACGACGAGAGGCCCAAGUACAUGCAGGAGAUCCAAGAGGCCGCGACUCACUUCAGGUCCGAGUUCCUGUCCAAGCUCUUGACAGGCUCUAGCUCCGGGAAUCCCAAGUCGGUGUCGAUCAACUUCGUGAGGAAGAUGGCUUCCAGGGUGCUCGUCCUGUUCGUGAGACACGCUGCCCUGGUGAGACCGCUAUCGGAGGCUGGGAAGCUGAGCAUGGCGAGAGACAUGGCAGAGCUGGAGCUCCUUGUGGCACAGAACCUCUUUCCCGUGGAGCAACUUGGUGCUCCAUACCGAGCGCUGCGGGCAUUCAGGCCUUUCAUCUUCCUGGAGACGAACCAGAUCGCGAGCAGCCCACUGCUGCAGGAGCUGCCGGCGAGUGUGGUGUUUCACCAUCUCUACAGCCGGGCGCCGGACGAGCUCGAGUCCCCGAUGAAGAGAUCCAAGCUCUCGGCGUCGCAGUACUCGCUGUGGCUGGACACGCACAGCGAACAAGACGUGUGGAAAGAAGUGAAGGGAACGCUGGACGAUUACGCGGCCAAGGUGAGAGCUCGCGGCGACAAGCAAUUCACUCCCAUUUAUCCUCUCAUGCUCCAGCUCGGCUCGUCGCUCCUGUGAGCGAGAGGAGAGAGAGAGCCGAUUUUCAAGAGGAGGAGAAUAUACUUUGAUCAACGGCCUCGAUUAAAACUCCA